CCUGGCUCCAGACAGCUGCAGGGAAAUCAGAUAAGACCGCCUGAAAGCGACUAUACGGGCGUUUUUCAGGCACCGUUGCGUCUUCGCCCGGCUAUUUUGGUACAUGAUCCAGAUCGGCAAAAAGACGACAAGAACGACGACGCAUUGCACACGGCUCCUCCGCGGCUACCGACCGUGAGGCAGGCCGGACGACGAGGUGGCGGCAAAUGGUUGGUUGGUCUGGCAGAAGCGCGAGAAGUUGUUAACACGACUCUGGUUGUGGGUUCUUCUCUACGGGCCGCCAUGUUGGGCAGCAAUUCACUCGCAGAACCGAAUGCCAGCAUCCACGAGGCAUCUUCUUGA